AUGGAAGGCACUCAUUGCACCCUCCAAUUGCAUAAGCCCAUUACGGAACUCUGCUACAUCAGCUUCUAUCUUCCAAAGGGGGAAGUCAGAGGAUUUUCAUACAAGGGCACUGUAACUCUAGACAGAUCCAAUAAAGGUUUUCAUAACUGCUACCAAGUCAGGGAGGAGUCAGACAUCAGCCUCAGCCAGGAGCCAGACGAACAUCCAGGCGACAUAUUUUUCAAGCAGACUCCCACGAAAGACAUUCUAACUGAGCUGUACAAACUCACAACAGAGAGAGAGAGACUGCUAGCUGAUCUCCUGAGCUCAGACCACAUCCUGGGGAUCACGAUGGGAAACCAGGAGGGGAAGCUGCCAGAGCUGUCCGUGAGCCUCGCCCCUGAGGAUGACUGUUUCCAGAGUGCUGGCAACUGGCAGGGAGAGCUUCCUGUGGGUCCUCUCAAUAAGAAGAGCACCCAUGGGAACAAAAAGCCUCGGAGGUUUGGUGGAAGGAGAGAGAGCUUUGGGGCUCUUCCACAGAAGAGGACAAGAAGAAAAGGGCGUGGAGGCCGAGAAUCAGCUCCUCUGAUGGGCAAGGACCAGAUCUGUUCCAGCAACUCCCUUCCUCUUUCUAGAACAAGGCCUAAUCAUUGGCUACUAGAAGAGAGAGGAAAUCUGCUCCCGAAUGGGGCACUUGACUCCUCCCUGCAGAGGAGAGAGAGCUGCCCCCCAGAUAUUCCCAAGGCACCAGACACAGACCUUGGCUUUGGGAGCUUUGCUUUCAAGGACACUGGGCUUGGAAGAGAAGUGCUGCCCCCCGACUGCAGCUCCACAGAGGCAGGAGAGGAUGGCUUUCGCAGGCUGCCGAGCGGGCUGGAGCAUCAGCAAACAGGUUUGUCUGAAAGUCCCCAGGACCCUGAGAAGCAUCCAGAGGCAGAAAAGGAUGAGAUGCAGAAGCCAGCUAAGCGGACUUGCAAGCAGAAACCUGUAUCCAAAGUGGUGGCCAAAGUUCAGAACCUGUCCUCACAGGUACAGAGAGUAGUUAAAACGCAUUCUAAGGGUGAGGAGAGGAUUGCCAUUUGCCCAGAAGCCCAAGCUGUGUUUGUACCCAAAGCUGACUUGCUCACCCUCCCGGGAGCUGAGGCUGGGGCUCGGGGUUCCAGGCGGCGGGGCAAGGAGCGGGAAGGGAAUGGGUCAUUGAAGUCACCAGCCACAGAAGCAGCCUCCAUUUCUAGCGCACCAACCAGUGCCGAGGGGGCUGUGAACAAGGUCCUCCUGAAGGUGAUAGAGAGUGAGAAGUUAGAUGAAGCCCCUGAAGGGAAAAGACUGGGCUUCCCUUUCCACACGAGUGUCCCCCACACUCGCCCAGAAACCAGAAACAAGAGGAGAGCCGGGUUGCCCCUCAGUGGCCACAAGUCCUUGUUUCUGGAUCUGCCCCACAAAGUAGGUCCUGACUCCUCACAACUCAGAGGUGAUGAUAAGAAGCCACCCCCCCCAGCACCAGCAGCUCUCGGCAAGGUGUUUAAUAAUUCAUCCUCACAGUCCAGCACACACAAACAGACGUUACCUGUUCCCUCGCCUCUGUCUCCAAGGCUUCCCAGCCCUCAGCAGCAUCACAGGAUCCUCCGCCUCCCUGCACUGCCUGGUGAGAGGGAAGCUGCUCUUAAUGACUCUCCUGGUAGAAAGAGCCGUGUCUUCCCUGGGUGCGUCUCUGCUGACACCUUGGAGCCACCAUCCUCUGCAAAGGUCACGGAGACCAAAGGAGCCAGCCCGGCCUUCCUCAGAGCAGGCCAACCUCAGUUGGUGCCUGGGGAACCUUUGGAAAAGAGCUCGGGGCCAGGGAAGACCACAGCUAAGUCCCAGCACCAGUCACCUCCAGGUAUCUCCUCUGAGAGCUUUCCCUGGGACUGCUUCAAUGAGCAGACACUUAAAGACCUUCCCAACAGGGAUGGAGGCACGUGGGUUCUGGACUACAGAGCAGGACCAGCCUGUCCAUUUUUGCUUCACGAGGAAAGGGAAAAGUCAAACAGAAGCGAAUUGUACUUGGAUCUCCAUCCUGACCACAGCCCGACUGAGCAGGACGACAGGACUCCUGGCCGACUUCAAGCCGUCUGGCCACCCCCAAAGACAAAAGACACCGAAGAAAAAGUGGGACUGAGGUACACCGAAGCAGAAUACCAAGCUGCUAUUUUACACUUGAAGAGGGAGCACAAAGAAGAAAUUGAAAACCUGCAGGCCCAGUUUGAACUUCAGACAUUUCAUAUCCGGGGCGAGCAUGCAGCGAUAACAGCGAGACUAGAAGAAACGAUUGAAAAUCUGAAACACGAGUUAGAACACAGAUGGCGAGGGGGUUGUGAAGAGAGGAAAGAUGCAUGCAUUUCCACCGAAGAUGACUGCCCUCCAAAGACCUAUAGAAAUGUGUGCAUCCAGACAGACAGAGAGACAUUCCUCAAGCCCAGCGAAGGUGAAAGCAAGACAACCAGAAGUAAUCAAUUAGUACCCAAAAAGCUGAAUAUCUCCUCGUUAAGCCAGCUCUCUCCCCCAAACGACAACAAAGACAUCCAUGCAGCACUCCAGCCAAUGGAAGGCUCCGAGUCAAAUCUGCAGAGGGCACAGCCUCCACCUCCUGCACCGCCCCUGCCGGCAUCCAUCCCUCCCCCUCCACCUCUUCCCCCAGGACUUGGGUCUUUGUCUCCAGCACCUCCAAUGCCACCUGUGAGUGCUGGGCCACCACCACCACCUCCGCCGCCACCUCCACCACCACCUCUACCUCCACCUUCAAGUGUUGGACCUCCACCACCCCCACCCCCACCCCCACUUCCUAACUUCCCUGCCCCACCCAAAGCUGGAGGGCCUCCUCCUGCUCCAACCCCACCAGGACUUGCACCCCCACCUCCCCCUGGACUCUUCUUUGGACUUGGCUCUUCUUCCAGUCAAUGUCCUCGAAAACCAGCCAUUGAGCCCAGUUGUCCCAUGAAGCCUUUAUACUGGACUAGGAUACAAAUAAGUGAUAGGAGCCAAAAUGCUGCACCAACCUUAUGGGACUCCUUAGAAGAACCUGACAUUCAGGACCCCAGUGAAUUUGAGUAUUUAUUCUCCAAAGACACAACUCAACAGAAGAAAAAACCUCUGUCAGAGACUUACGAGAAAAAAAACAAGGUCAAAAAGAUCAUCAAACUAUUGGAUGGAAAACGAUCUCAAACUGUGGGAAUCUUAAUAUCUAGUUUACAUUUAGAAAUGAAGGAUAUCCAGCAGGCCAUUUUCAAUGUGGAUGACUCUGUGGUUGAUCUGGAGACCCUGGCAGCCUUAUAUGAAAACAGAGCCCAAGAGGAUGAGCUGGUUAAAAUAAGAAAGUAUUAUGAGACAUCCAAAGAAGAAGAACUGAAGCUGCUGGAUAAACCUGAGCAAUUUUUACAUGAGUUAGCCCAGAUUCCUAAUUUUGCUGAACGUGCCCAGUGCAUAAUCUUCAGAUCUAUCUUUUCUGAGGGUAUCACCUCCUUGCACAGAAAGGUAGAGAUCAUCACGCGAGCUUCUAAGGGCUUGCUGCACAUGAAGAGUGUGAAGGAUAUUUUAGCGCUCAUUCUGGCUUUUGGAAAUUAUAUGAACGGAGGAAAUAGGACUCGGGGACAAGCUGAUGGAUAUAGUUUAGAAAUUCUGCCCAAACUCAAGGAUGUCAAAAGUCGGGAUAAUGGGAUUAAUCUGGUGGACUACGUCGUGAAGUAUUACCUGCGUUACUAUGAUCAGGAAGCUGGAACAGAAAAGAGUGUUUUCCCUCUGCCUGAACCACAGGAUUUCUUUCUGGCCUCCCAAGUCAAGUUUGAAGACCUCAUAAAAGAUUUGAGAAAACUGAAGAGGCAACUGGAAGCAAGUGAAAAACAGAUGGUGGUGGUGUGCAAGGAGUCUCCAAAGGAGUAUCUCCAGCCUUUCAAAGACAAACUAGAGGAGUUCUUCCAAAAAGCCAAAAAAGAGCAUAAAAUGGAAGAAAGUCACUUGGAGAAUGCACAGAAAAGUUUUGAAACAACAGUAGGAUAUUUUGGGAUGAAGCCAAAGUCUGGCGAGAAGGAGAUCACACCCAGCUACGUGUUUAUGGUGUGGUACGAGUUCUGCAGUGACUUCAAGACAAUUUGGAAACGGGAGAGUAAAAACAUAUCUAAAGAAAGAUUGAAAAUGGCUCAGGAAUCAGUCAGCAAGUUGACGUCAGAGAAGAAAGUGGAGACAAAGAAAAUCAAUCCCACUGCUAGCCUGAAAGAAAGACUGCGUCAGAAGGAAGCCAGUGUGAACACCAACUAAUAUGAAGACACACGGAAAUGGCAGCUCUGGCCAUGGAGAACCUUGCACACAUGCUGUGUGUGACCCCAGGACUGCAGGACAUUCUUGAGAGAUUUGUUACUUAGUGUUUUUUUACUCAUCUCUUUCUGACGUCACCUGCAGACUGCCCCAUGCCUUCUUUAAGACAUUCCUUAUUAAGCCACAGGAACAGUGAGAAACUAUUUAAGGGAACACUACAGAAAUAUUAUUUCUUGUUGAAGCCCAAAGUCCACUGUUUUAAGACCAGAGUACCAAAAUUGUCUGAAAUUUUUUUUAAAGCUUACAUUUCCAGGUUUAUAACCAAAGCUUGAUUUAAGUCACAUUGUUACAGAAGAGAGAAACAAUCAUUUGGGACAGUUGCCUUGGGAGAUUUCAAGUCUUUGUCUUUACACACUGCUAUUUUGAUUAUUUGUCUUAGUUUUGAUCCUGUCGCAUCAAAAUCCUGCAU